AUGGAAUUUAUUUUGCCUAAAAUAAUUUCUCUUUCAUUAGCGAUUGAAAUUAAAAGAUCUAGAGCGAUUUUACUGAAUCUAUCUGAUUGUUCACAAAAGCAAAAAAUGGCUGCUGUGGGGUUCGAACCCACGCGGACGUUGAUCCAGCAGAUCUUAAGUCUGCCCCCUUAACCACUCGGGCAAACAGCCAUGUUAGAAUCUAUAAUAAUUUUUAUUAUUUAUACCAGAAUUCUUUAG